UAAAUUAGGCAAAAACCGUAAAACCCUCACAUACGCACGCACAGAAAUGGCGACUGCAGCGGGCGCAGCUCGAUCUGUUUUCCGAUCAACUUCUCUCCGUAACGCAGCGGCUAGGGCAGCAUCCCAACCCAAAGCUGCACCUUCUGCCUUUGGCAUACCUAGUCGGAAUUCUCUAUCUCAACGCAUUUUCCGUUGUCCAGUAGAAAUGAGUGCUUGUUUGGAGUCAAUGCAACCUUUCCACACUGCUACUGCUUCGGCCUUGAUGACAUCCAUGCUUACCCUUUCUCAAAACGGCUAUGGUUGGCUACCCGAAGGUAUCUAACGAAGCGUCAUAGGUCCCUCAAUGUUCUUACCUCAUGAGUUUUAGGCGUUGAGAAGACGAGAUGAAGAUGGAGAGAAGCAAAGAUGGAAUGAGUUGGACUUGUCUUUUUUUCUUUUUGAAUAGGGAACAUUUAGGUCCAUUAGAGUUAUAUUUCUUGAACCAAUAAUGAAAUAUAAACUUUUGAAAUGAGUUUACUAGUUUGAUAUUGUGUUGGGUUUUAUGACAUGGCUCACAUUGAUUUU